AUGACUUCCUCCUCAGGUGUCGACGCAGCGACCGAAGCCCUCAUCGCUCAGCUCAUGGCAGAGGACCUCGGCGAGUCAUACUAUAGGCACUCCACUCCCAUCGGCGCAUCUUACCAUGACUACGAAGAGCCGUUGAGCUCUUACGAGCGGCAAUGUCUGGAUGCUGAGAACAAUCCAGAUGAGGAGGGUGGGGAAGGGUCUGGCUGGGGUCCUGAGGAUUCAGAUGAAGUCAACGGUGCAGUUGCGCCGGAUGAAGGCCUGUAUCCGACCGGUCCAACUAACGAAGGUACCUGGGACUCGACUAAUGAGAAUUGGGACUCAAGAUUCGUCGACGAAGACGGCCAAGUCCAAGAACAUACCGCAUCAGGGCAAACACCACAAGCAGCCGGAGCUAAUGAAGGUGACAGCCACUCUGACUCCAGUUCUUGUUCAAGACCCACGAACGAAGAACUUACAGGCGCUCCAUCUCGCGUCGUCUCCCCACCCGCCUACGACGUCCCCAACAAUCCAGCUGACGAAACACACAACAUCUCCGCCCCGAUGACUCUCCCCACUCUAUCCACCCCAGGCGCACCUGAUGGCCACCUCGAUCCCUCCGACCAUUCCAGCCACCGCGAACCCUUCAUCCCUUCCUUUCAUCUCGCACCAAAUGAAUGGCUACCUGCUUCUAGCGCAUUGGAAGUCGAGGGUCAGUGGGAUGAUGGUCUAGACUGUUCGUCCUCCAAAGGCAAAGGCAAAGCCGUACGCGCUUACGACGAAUUCAAGCGAGGAUUGAGGGAUGGCGAGAAGGAGAGCUGGGACCCCAACAUCGCUGACCUUGAACAUAGAAGGGGAGAAGAUGCAGACUCCGACAGCGAGGAAGAAGGCGAGGUCCGAGACGAAGAUCUCCCUUUCAUCAGCAUCCCCUGGCCUUGCGCGGAGAACGACGAACUGCUCUCCCGGCGCGAAGAUGCAGAGGUGGUAGAGAUUCGUGUGGGUGAUGAUGAGACGUUGGAGAGUAUCCUUCGGGACAUCUCUCUGAGAGAUGAGAGUCGGCAGAAAGGGAAGGGUGUCGAAGGCAGGAUAGAGUGUGCGGGGGAGGACGUCCCGGGAAGGAAGGAUGUUGCAGCUUGGUGGUGA